AUGGCUCUCUUGACCAUCCUGGGGAUUUGCCUGUCUUGUUUGAUUGUUUUUUUCCUAUGGAAUCAGCACCAUGGCAAAGGGAAACUCCCACCUGGUCCUACUCCUCUUCCAAUUGUCGGAAAUAUUUUGCAAGUGGAUAUUAAAAAUAUCAGUGAAUCUCUGAGCAUGCUAGCAAAAGAAUAUGGCCCUGUGUUCACUGUGCAUCUGGGCAUGAAGCCCACAGUGGUGUUGCAUGGAUACGAAGCAUUGAAGGAAGCUCUGAUUGAUCGGGGAGAUGAGUUUUCUGGGAAAAUGCAGUCAUCCUUACUGAGUAGAGUCAACCAAGGUUUAGGCAUUAUUUUCAGCAAUGGAGAAACGUGGAAGCAAACACAGCGUUUCUCCCUCAUGGCCUUACGGUCUAUGGGGAUGGGGAAGAAAACUAUAGAAGACCGAAUUCAGGAGGAAGUCCUUCAUCUCUUGGAAGCACUGAGGAAAACAAAUGGGGCCCCCUGUGACCCUAGCUUCCUUCUGGCCUGUGUUCCCUGCAAUGUGAUCUCUGCUGUUAUUUUCCAGCACCGUUUUGACUACAACGAUGAAAUACUUCAAAAGAUCACAGAGGAUUUUUAUAGGAUUAUUAAAACUUUAGAAUCACCUUGGGCUCAGCUCUGCAGUAUCUAUCCUGUUUUAUAUUGUCUCCCAGGAAGCCAUAAAGCAUUCUUGAAACAAGAGUUUGGACAUUAUGAAUUUAUUUCGAAGGAAAUCAAAAGGCAUCAGGAAUCUCUGAAUCCCAGUAACCCUCAGGACUUUAUUGACCAUUUUCUGAUUAAAAUGGAAAAGGAAAAACAGAAUAAAAAGUCAGAAUUUACCAUGGAAAACCUGGUCAUCACCAUAUCGGAUCUUUUCAGUGCGGGAACAGAGACGACAAGUACCACAAUGAAAUAUGGGCUUUUGCUCCUGCUGAAGCAUCCUGAGGUCACAGCUAAAAUUCAGGAAGAAAUUGCACGUGUGGUUGGCAAACAUCGGAGCCCCUGCAUGCAGGACAGGAACCACAUGCCCUACACUGAUGCCGUGCUGCAUGAGAUCCAGAGAUACAUUGACCUUGUUCCCAUCCCCUUGCCUCGUCAAACAACACAAGAUGUGGAGUUCAGAGGGUACCACAUUCCCAAGGGCACAAGUGUAAUGACAUGUCUGACUUCUGUCCUACAUGAUGACAAAGAAUUUCCCUGCCCAGAGAAGUUUGACCCUGGUCACUUUCUAGAUGAGAGAGGCAACUUCAAGAAGAGUGAGCACUUCAUGGCCUUCUCAGCAGGAAGAAGAGCGUGUAUUGGAGAAGGCCUGGCCCGCAUGGAGAUGUUUUUAAUCCUGACCAACAUUUUACAGCAUUUCACUUUAAAACCUCUGGUCAAUCCAGAGGACAUUGAUACCACCCCAGCUCUCACUGGCCUGUUGUCUCUUCCUCCGCCCUAUGAGCUCUGUUUCAUUCCAGUCUGAAGCUGGGUAGUCUUUCUCAUGGAUGACUGAGACCCUGCUUUUACUUUCGAGCAAACAGAGUGUUUUGUGUCCUAUGUACCUGCACCCUGCAAUUCUUCUUAAUGGCAGGUCUGCUACCUAAAAUUUUCUCCUGUCUUUAUGAGCCGGUUCUAAUUUCCACAAAUGAAAAAAGCCUCACUGAUUCAGCGCUAAUAAAAUUUUUGUUGCAGCGUG